GUCAAGGGAGAAGCGUGCUUCUGUGUUUGCCCCUCCCUAAAAAGAGAACUUUCACCCCUUCAAUAAUUGCAUCUGGAAAUGGGAGGGGUGAACAACCUCCAGUACAAAGCCUUUGCAAGAGCAGUUGUCUGGAUGACAGACGGAGAAGGAGCGAAGUCUGAAUAGGGUAGCCCUGCAAGUCACAGAAAGUGGCCCUUGGAUGCCCCUCUCAAAAGGACAACUCUGCCUUUCUCCAAACUCUCCAAGAUACUAGAAUCGAACUCCUGCUCCAACUGGAUCUGGUUUUGCCUCUGGCAUCCUAUUCUGCUGGCAUCUCAUUCUUUCUUAUUCUCUGUAGCUGAAGUAAAGCUGCUCCAGAAAGAUGGCUCACAACCCACAAGUCAACAUCACGAUGACGGAGCCCAAUACAAAUGGGGUUCCAUGCAGGAAGUUGUCUACCAGGAGCUCAAUGAGGGCCACCACUGUGACUUUUCACAACAUCUACUACAGAGUAAAGAUGAAGAGCGGUUUUCUCUGUUGUCGAAAAACAGUUGAAAAAGACAUUCUGAAGGAUAUCAAUGGCAUAAUGAGACCUGGUCUGAAUGCAAUUCUGGGGCCAACUGGCAGUGGCAAAUCUUCUCUUCUGGACAUUUUAGCUGCAAGGAAAGAUCCUCAUGGCCUGAGUGGAGAUGUUCUCAUUAAUGGUGCUCCUCAGCCGGCUAAUUUCAAGUGCAUAUCUGGAUAUGUUGUACAGGAUGAUGUGGUGAUGGGGACCUUGACUGUGAGAGAGAACCUCCAAUUCUCAGCAGCCCUCCGAUUAUCAAAGACUGUGAGGCAGAGGGAAAAGAAUGAAAGGAUUGACCAGAUCCUCAAUGACCUGGGCUUGACAAAAGUGGCAGAUUCAAAGGUUGGAACCCAGUUCAUUCGUGGUGUGUCAGGAGGAGAGAGGAAAAGAACGAAUAUAGGAAUGGAGCUCAUCACCGACCCUGCCGUCUUGUUCUUAGAUGAGCCAACCACUGGAUUGGAUGCCAGCACAGCCAAUGCGGUGCUAUUGCUCCUCAAAAGGAUGUCAAAGCAGGGAAAAACAAUAAUCUUUUCCAUCCAUCAACCUCGGUACUCCAUCUUCAGACUAUUUGAUCAAUUGACUUUGUUGGCUGCAGGAAGAAUGCUGUAUCAUGGACCUGCUCAGAAUGCCCUGGAUUACUUCAAGUCCAUUGGUUACGAAUGUGAACCAUAUAACAACCCCACUGAUUUCUUUCUGGAUGUCAUUAAUGGAGACUCGACAGCGGUGACUUCAAACAAGACUGAGGAAAUUGAUAUAGAUAACAUCGAUGAGCAUCUUGAUCGUGAUAAGUCAUUGGCAGAUCAAUUAGCGGAGACGUAUGCCAGCUCACACUACUAUCAAGAAACAAAAGCUGAGCUGGAAAAGUUAUCUUUCCCAACAAGCAAAAGAGAGCCCAUAUUCCGACAGAUCACCUAUAUCACAUCCUUCUGCCACCAGCUCAAAUGGGUCUCAAAACGGACUUUCAAAAAUUUGCUAGGCAACCCGCAAGCCUCUAUAGCACAGCUGUGUGUCACCAUUUUCCUGGGGCUGGUCGUAGGUGCCAUAUUCUUUGAUGCCAAAUAUAACUCUAGUGGUAUGCAGAACAGAGUUGGUGCCAUGUUCUUUUUGACCACUAACCAGUGCUUCAGCAGCAUCUCUGCCAUUGAACUGUUUAUCGUGGAGAAGAAAAUAUUUAUUCAUGAAUAUAUCAGUGGAUACUACAGAAUUUCUGCAUAUUUCUUUUCAAAACUAAUGGCUGAUUUAAUACCCAUGAGAACUUUACCAAGCAUCAUUUUCACAUGCAUUGUUUACUUCAUGAUAGGUUUUAAACCAACGGCAUCAGCCUUCUUUAUAAUGAUGUUUACCAUGAUGAUGGUCUCCUACACUGCUACUUCCAUGGCACUUGCUAUUGCUGCCGGGCAAAGUGUGGUGUCUGUGGCAAAUCUGCUCAUGACCAUUGCCUUUGUUUUCAUGAUUAUUUUCUCUGGGUUGUUGGUAAACCUCACCAGCAUCCUGCCUUGGCUUUCUUGGCUCCAGUAUUUCAGCAUUCCUCGAUAUGGCAUGACAGCACUCCAGAUUAAUGAAUUUACUGGUCUUGAUUUCUGUGGCCCGAGGAACAAUUUGAAUAGUUCUUACUGUGUAGAUAAUAGUACACUUCUCAAGUGCCUUGGAGAUGAGUACCUCAAAGAGCAAGGGAUUGAUGCUUCUUCAUGGGGCCUGUGGCAGAACCAUGUUGCAUUGGCUUGCAUGACUAUCAUUUUCCUUACAAUUGCAUACCUGAAGUUGGUUUUCAUGAAAAAGCUCUCUUAGACAUGUAGACAGGUCUGUUGUUCCAGCAAAGAAGCUAAAUUCAUAUCCAAUGUUUUGGACUAUAACCUUCAUCAUCUCCAGCCCACAGGGCAAUGAAGACUAAUGCACAGGGAGCACCAGGUUGGCAGAAGACUGAGCUAUAAAAUGGACUAUACCAUUGUCAACCCACCUUUUACUUUAUUUCUGGAUAGAACUCAUCAUGACUACAACAGCAUUGCCAAAAAAAACCUGGCAUUUUAUUAAUAAUUCAUUUUCUCAUUUGUUAUACUGACACCCUCCAUGCAGUGAUCAGAAGUCAGAAACUCAUAUCACAUUUUUGCAACGUAUAAGUGACAUAAAGUAAUCAAGACUUUGCAAGCUUCAUAAACUGAAACAAGAGAGAGUUAAUUAAUCCUCCUACUGAAAGCUAUGGGCAAAAGGGCUUAAGUUGUUCAAUUUGAACUAGCCCGACAGCAUCCUAUGGAAUCACAGAAAAAGGCAUUUCUCAGCCAGAGAGCUGUUGUGCCUCACAAUUCUACAUAUCCUGGGUUUACAUAGGAUGCAGCCAUGUAUAUAUUAAAGUGGCAUUUCACACUGUUCAGUGUGAAAGAGCCCCUGCAUGGGUCAUAAUUCCUGAAGGACUGGUUGCCUCAUACUUUGAGGGAUGGUAAACACAUUGUCCCAAACACGGGCUACGCUAGGAGCAAGAAACAUGGAUACUGAAAAACCAAUCAAUUUUUUUGCAGCAUUGUACUACUUUUACUUUGGAAAGCACUUUUGGCAUGUUCAGAGAAUGUGUUGCACAGAUAUGUCUUCACUCAUGAACUUCCACUCGUAUGAUUGAUAAAUGCACAGAGGGAGCAGAACUAAUGUAUUUCCUGGGGAUCUGUCUCCAACAUCAUAGCUUCUGCUGGCUCCCUCCCCUUGGCUCCAUGUGUUUGGCAUGAUGAUUUAAAAGAAGAGAGUCCACAAGGCUCACAGUGAGGUGGCCAGCCAUUAGCUCUCUUUCUAGUUUAAAAUUAUUAUGAACAUGGUGAAUUGGAUGGAUGGGGCCUUCUGAAUAUGGUAUGUGCAUGCCUCAGUGUCAAGUCAUUUAUGGUCAGCUCACAAAAGCCCAAUCUACACUGCCAAAUAGUGCAGUUUCAAACUGAACCAGUGUUUCUCAACCUUCGUAAUGCCACAAUCCUUUAAAACAGUUCCUCAUGUUGUGGUGUCCGCCAGACAUAAAAUUAUUUUGGUUGCUACUUCAGAACUGUAAUUUUGCUACUAUUAUGAAUUGUAAUGUAAAUAUCUGAUAUGCAGGAUGUAUUUUCAUUCACUGGAUCAAAUUCACUGGACACAAAUACCUGAUACACCCAAAUUUGAAUACUGGUGGGAUUGCGGGGGAUUGAUUUUGUCAUUUGGGAGUUGCCGUUGCUGGGAUUUAUAGUUCUCCUACAAUCAAAGAGCAUUCUGAAUUCCACCAAUGAUGGAAAUGAACCAAUGUAUUGUCGAAGGCUUUCAUGGCCGGGAUCACUGGGUUGUUGUAGUUUUUUUCAGGCUAUAUGGCCAUGUUCUAGAGGCAUUCUCUUCUGACAUUUUGCCUGCAUCUAUGGCAAACAUCC